GCGGCGCGCGCCCAAAAAUUCCCCCCCACUCCUGCUUGCCGCUCCCCUGAACUCCUCCCACCCGCCCGAUCUCCGCCGCUCGCCGCCUAGGGUUCCCGGCGACAUCCGCGCCGACGGCCGCCUCCCCCCUCCGCGAUGUCGCAGCCCGUCACUCCGCGCCGCACCACCCGCUCCUCCGCAGGCUCCGCGUCCGAUCCCGCCUCCCCGACCUCCCCGUCCAAAUCCAGGCCCAGGCGCCAGCUCGUUCCUGCCGCCGCGAAGGAGGAGGAGGAGGGGGAGGAUGAGCGGAGCACCAUCAACGCGCUCCUCAAGGCGCUUCCCGGCCGCCGCGAGCAGGCUUCGGACCUCCUCCGGCUCCUGGCGCCCGCGCCGGCGCUCCCUUUGCUCCUCUACGGGGGCGCGGCCACGGGGAAGACGCGCGCGCUCCUCCUCGCGCUCCGCCACAUCCGCCCCCGUCCGCGGCGCGUCGCAUACGCCGCGCUGCGCUCCCUCCCGUCCCCUCGUGCGCUCUUCGCCUCCCUCCUCUCCCAGCUCAGCCCGCCGUCGUCGUCCUCCGCCUCCUCCCGCCAGCGCGUCCCCGACAAGCCAUCGGACUUUGUCGCCGCCCUCCGCGAUGCCCUUGCUACCCUCUGUGCCCAGGGAGAGUCCGUGUAUCUGGUGUUCGAUAACCUGGAGGUUGUUAGGAGCUGGGACAAGGGCGGCCAGCUUCUCGCUCUCAUCCUCCGCCUCCACGAUCUCCUCCGCCUGCCUCAGGUCGUUCUUGUCUAUGUAAGCAGUGCAACGCCUGAUGCCUACUACUCCAUGACUGGCUCUGUUGAGCCGAAUCACAUUUACUUCCCGGACUACACAGUGGACGAGGUCCGCGACAUUCUGAUGCGAGGUCAUCCCAAUCCGAAGCUGUACACAUCCUUCCUUAGUGUGGCACUGAAGCCAUUGUUCCGGGUAACAAGGAGGGUUGACGAAUUGGGGGCCGCACUGGAGCCACUUUUCAGGAGGUACUGUGAGCCACUAGGUGAUUUGAAGGCAGUCCCGGAUGAGAGCACUAAGAGGAGGUUGUUUGAACAUAUUCAGCCACAUUUGGCUGUUGCUUUCAACGAGACAUUCAGUGUUCCCAUGAGGGCUUCUGUGGAUCAAUGCAAGGAUGGCAAUUCUGGUGUUAAGGCCAGUACUAAAAGGCAGUUCAGCAGUAGAGAUAGUUUGUCGACUGAAUUGGAGUUUCACAUGUCCGUGUCUGCGAAAUACUUACUAUUGUCAGCUUUCCUGGCUUCAAGGAACCCGGCUACUCUUGAUGCAGCUUUGUUUGAUUCAACUGGAGGGUCAGAUAACCAUAAGCGCAAGAGAAAGAGCUCUCAGGCCUCUAUAAAUAUGAAGGACUCGAUGGCUGAAGAGAUGCUUAUGAAAGGCCCUGGUACAUUUCCUCUUGAGAGACUCCUGGCUAUAUUUCAGUGCAUUACAUCAGUGUCAGAAGAUGCUCUGAACGAUGUUGAAUGUCCUGAUAGUAUGAUGAAUGGAAGUGGGAUGACUGGUUUGAUGACAGACGUUCUUUUGCAAUUGUCAACACUGUGCAAUUCCAAUUUUCUCUCCAAAAGCCGGAGCUGCCCUCUAGAAGGCUCAGCUAGAUACCGAUCAAACAUUGAUGAAGAUUUAGCUCUCAAGGUCGCAAGGAGUGUUAGUUUCCCCCUCUCGAAGUAUAUCUACAGAAGAUAGCCUUUGCAUCCUUAGUCUAGGCUGUAACAACUGGUAUUGCUGGCUUUAGACUCUAUUGUAAUAGCUUCCUGAGAUCUGUCUAGUUUCCUUGAUGGUAGAGCAUCAAUGUACAAAGAAAUUGCUUGAUGCCUCAUGUUCUUCAGUUUCUUGACUUUCUCUUAUCUCAUUUCUCUCAGGCACUGAGUAUGUACCCAGUCCUGGAUCUAAUGGCAGCUAAACAUUUCUGAGCUUCAUUGAAAUGCCUCAGAAGUAAUAUUUUGACAACUACUUGUGCUUCAGAAAGAAAUGAAAGAACCACUAUCCAGUAUAGGCUGCAACAUUUGGUUAUAUUGCUAGAUUUUCUUUUCUUCAAUACCCAAAUGUAAUGGUGUCAGAUCGACCACUAAUUUUGUGUGGCACCAUAAUUUUAUCUGAAAGAUCAGUACCAUUUUGUACAA